CAGCCUGGUACCAAUCUAAGAGAUUGGUUCAAAACAAUUCACGCCACAAAAUACUUUCCCGCGCCUAUGACAGACAGUAUACAUGCUUAUUCUUUAAACAUGGCUGGAAAACAGAAACAACAAACUUACGAUGUUUUUGUGGGCAAUCUUCCAACAGAAUCGAAUGAGAGAAAUAUUGGAAAACUGUUCACACCAUUCGGUGAGAUUGCCGGGAUAAUUGUGAAAGAAUCGAGCAAAGUGAAGGGACCAUACAACAAGUUUGCGUUUGUGAAGUUUCUAUGUUUACCGGACGCUGAAAGGGCAGUUAAAGAGAUGGACCGUAAAAAGGUGGAAGGCUCCGAAAUUGUUGUGAAGCUCUCAGAAGACCGUAGAGGGAAGAAAAAUCUGCAUCAAACAAAAGUAGAUAAUCCUGUUUUUGGCCAAGAUGAUUUUGGACCAAUCAAGGUCACUGUGACCUUAAAUCAGAAACCUGAUGACAGACCCAAGAGAGGCUACAAGUCACCAGAUACAGAAUCUUUAGACGGGGGAGGUGCAACUGCUGAACAAGAUAGAGAGAGAGAGACUGUGCUGAUAACCCACGUGGAGUCCCCCAUCACUCUGUGGCUGCAGAUUGUCAAUGAUGAGAACACACAGACCAUAUUCAGCAUCACUGAACAGAUGGGGCAGGUUGGGCCUGCAGCUGUCCCACUUAAGGGGCCACCAGAGCCUGGAAAGGUGUAUGGGUGCAAAUUUUCUGAAGAUAACACCUGGUACAGAUGUCACAUUAAACAGUGCUAUGGAACAGAUAAGUACAAGAUCCAGUACAUUGACUACGGCAAUGUGGAGGAGGUGACCAGCAGUGCCCUGGUAGAGAUCCCCUCCAACCUGGCCAGCCUCAGGGGAAUGGCCAGUAAGAUCAUGCUACACAACACACGCGCCAAGGACCUCAGUGAUAAGAUGGGUAUACAAUUCCUCCAGAACCUGACCUUCAACCAGAUGGCACAACUUGUUAAGGUGCACCCCGUCAGUGAUGGCUCAGGGUUUUAUGGCCAUAUCUACGUUAACGCUGUUUCAUUGGCAGACACCAUGAUUCAAGCCGGCUAUUGUCAUUUAAAACCGUCCAUGGCUAAAGGAUCUGUAGGACAGGAACAUUUUGGGGAGUCAAAUAGUGUUGCAAGUGCUCAGGGUCCAUUCAGUAAGCUUGAUAGAGGGGUCAAACCCACCAUGGCUAAAGGGCCAGGGGGACAGGAACCUUUGGGGGAUCCAUUCAACGUUGGAAGGCCACAGAACAUGUUCAGUAAACCAGACAGAGGGACAAACAUGGUCCCAAUGAAUCAAAGGCAACCAGGUUUUCCCGGGCCUCAUUCUGUAGCCAUGAGUCAGCCUGCCACGAUGGGGAUGGGAGGUCAGCAACCCCUUGUGCCUCCCAAUCUUGGAUUUCCUGCAAAAAUUGGAGGAGGGUCGCCCAUUGAUGCUUCUAAAGAGAAGAAGCUGCAGGCAGAUCUGAUCAAGAAACGCCAGGAGAAUGAACAACUCCGUAAUGAGAAGGACACAGCCAACAAACAGCUCGAGUACAUGAAGACAAAGGUCAAGACUUUACAAGAUGAGUUUGCAGCAUCAGCAGCUCAACUUCAGGAGGAAACUCUUACAAAGCGCAUUCUGACAGUUGUAAGCCUAGCCAAUGUUGUACGAAGAUUAAGGAACCAGUUUCCUCCAGACAGUCAGCGAUGUUUUCUGGAGGAGGCUAUAGCCCUAUGCUCGGAUGCUGACAGGGUAGACAACUCUAGAUGCCAGUCCCUCAUGGAGGUGGGCUCAGCCCUGGCCAUGUACAAGGCCGCACAGGAUGAAAUCAGCAAGUGCAGGGACCCGACCGAGUUGGCUAUGUUGGUAUCUGGAAGAGAUGAGGCCAGAAGGAGACUGCAUGAGAAGCUGAAUGUCUGCCUGGGGGAGAUAGACAGGAUGCCUCUCACAGACAGGAACAAGCAGGUGCAGGAAAUACAAGACAGACUGUCCAAAACAUACAAUGCCUAUCUUCAACUGCAAGUGCAGGAUGUUCCUAGCCUUGAGACCAUCUUACCCAGAUUCCAGCCAUGGAAGUCAAGGAAAGAUUUGGAGUUCUCUGAUGUCAGAACGGCUACAGAUUACUGUGAAGAGGCACUGCAGACGGCCUUGACCCAGAUAAAGGACAAAAUAAGUGUGCAGUCCACAGCAACCCCUGACAAACCAGACCUUGAUAUAGACAACCUGAUGAAGACGUAUGCUCAUGCACUCCAGAGGGAAAUCAAUGUCACCGACAUGGUGCACAGUAAAGAUGCCAGUCUGAUUGCCCUGGUUAUUGCCUCAGUGAGGAAGGAACUGCAGACAGAGGCCUCCAUGAUUGAGAACUUCAGAAUCCUGAGGCAGGAGUUCUACGAGAAAAUGAAGUCCAUAGAACCGUGGCUUGACAACACGCCCUCCUUCAGCGAGCUGCAGGAGAACAGGAAGUUGCUGCGCUCUCUCAAGUCAAAACUGAGACACCUGCAGGCUGAUAAGUUGGACUUGGAGGAGAGCGGUGAUGAGGGAGAACUGGUCUCAGUAAAGGAGGAGGAAACCAAAGUGCUGGGCCAGCUCCAGGCAGCUGUGGUCAAGUCUGAAUCAUUCAUGCAUGAAAUGGCCACCCUUGCAGACUCCAACUUCCCAGAACUACGUGUGCAGUAUCCUGAGCUGGGAAUUGAAAACUAUUUGGCAUACAAAGGGUUAGUGAAGAGUGGUCGAGAUUUGGACAUGUACCAGCUGACUCCAGGCUUCCGUCCAGACAUGUCUAUCUCCACCUUCAACGGGCAGCAAGUCCUUAUACAGGAAUACCACAUAGGAGAUGGAGACCACUGCUCUAAAGACGAGUUCCUAAAUCAAGUGUGCAAAUACAACUGUGAUAAUGGCGUCAUUCAGUCAAUCUUCUUUAACAAGUCAGAGCGCCAGGCGUACAUAGAGACCGCGUGGACUGGGGGAGAGCCUGCAGAGACCCUGAUCAAGUCUCAGACAUGGACCCCAGCAGAGCUCCAGCAGAUCUGUGUGUCCCUUGUACAGCGGGUCAUUGCCCUGCACUCAAGCGGGGUCAUACAUGGGGAGAUCACUCCCCAGUCUGUCAUCAUCAAGGACUGCAACUCUGUCUGGCUUGUGCUGCCAGAUUUCUCCAGGACGCUGGCUGAGAGGAUGAUGAAGCGGUAUGUGACAGACACUGGUGUAGUGUUCCAGUCCCCUGAGUUGCAGUUCUCAUCAGCAGAGAGUCUCGGGCCUGCUGCAGACGUCUACAACAUGGUGCUACUCAUAUUUUUGUUGCACAAUCCAAGCGGUAAAGACAGCACAGCAGGCUCCAAAGAGGCAAGGUCUCUGCAAGUGUUGUUUGAUCGUGUGCUAAGUGGGAAGAGCGCUACCAGGGUGACAACAGAACAGCUUCUACAGCUGGACUACUUCAGCAAGCCCCUUCCUGAGCGCAGCCCCUCCCAGCCUAGCCCUGCCCCCAGCCCUCCUGUCUCCAUGGUUACCACUGUUCAGCCCGCUGUGAUCAAGUCUACUACCGAGCACAUGGAGAUAGGAGUGUUCAGGGCAGAGGAUUACAUGAGUCCACAUGUUCUACCACCAGCUUCCUCCCUCCCUGUGGUAGCCUCCUCUGACACUGACAACUCCUGGACCACGGACACCUCGGCCUCCGCCACCGACAGCAGCCGGGACUCUCCACUGGACACCACCCUGGCUGUGACUAAGUCAGACUCCCAACACACGGUCACAGGGGACAGUCAGGAGUCCACAGGGCAUGCAGUGGAGGAGUUGCCUGGCUUUGGGUUCCACCUUCAUCUGACGGGUGGCAAUACACCCACCGCAGAGAGUUGCGAUGUUGGGCUGGGGGACGGACCUUCAGCGAAUGACCAAUGGACGGUCACUGAGACUGGUACUUGGACCAAUCCUGAACCGGCUAUCGAUGUAGGGUUGGCAGGCGAUGAAUCUGAACAGGACGGGACAAACGGUGUAGAUGUGCCCUGCGAUAAUGGAAUCCAUGGAGCAGCAGAUUUCUCAGAGGCUUCUCACGACGGUCCAGUGCCCAAUGAGAAGGGGGCUGCUUGCUGGGGUGGUCAGGACAAUUGUUAGUGUGAGAUGUUCAGGUUUCCUUGUUGAAAGUUCACUUGUUGUGAAAAAUCUGUUGUCGGGGAGUUCUCAGUUCCUGUCGAAAAAAGCCCACGAGGUGGCCAGCUGUCCUCUUACUGCCCUUAUGAAGGACCUAGCUAAACAGUGUGAAUAUCCGGCGUAAACAGAUGUGCAGACCACAGACUAGUAACAUCUUUGUCGGGACUGACUAGAUGCAGCAUGUUAAGGGACUCGUACAUGCAGACAUUACACCAGAUGUUUUGUUGGGAGCAUAUUUAAUCAACUAUUUACCACUCAGAUGAACACAUUAAGGCGUUUGUAUUCCAGUAGAAAAUCAAAUCAAAUAAAGAUUUAUUUUACUAGA